GCAAGAGGUGUGUUGAGGGUGUAAAAGUGGUGAUGAUGUACGGAUAUUGUGAGAAACUGCAAAACGACUCAUGGAAGGAACAAUAAAAGCAAAGGGGUCUUGCUUUGCAGGUGUACUGUACUAUACUAACCCCUAAACAUAACACUCACCCCACGAAAUGGACACCUCUUUAAUAACCAUAUUUAUUUAUUUUUCCUUCCUAAAUCAUAAUCACCCUAAAAAGAUACUCUUGCUAAUUUUUGUCUUUCUACUUCUAGUUCCUACCUUGCACCUCAACACGCCACGUUCUCCGCCACUACUGCCCCUUGAGUUGGGGCAUGGCAAUGGAGGGACACGCCUCGCUCGCUCUCCUUAAAUCUCACUUGUCCUUAUUUGGUGCUCCACUUCCUUCUCUCUUUCUCCGUUAAUUUGUUUUUGUUUUCUCCGCCUUCCUUGUAUGAGAAAGAGGAGAGACAUGGACUCUCCAAACACACAACAAGGCCUCCUUCCCUCCAAGAAAGGUGUGAAAGAUAGUUUGUACACUGAACUGUGGCGUGCAUGUGCUGGGUCAUUCGUUUAUGUUCCUCGCGAAGAAGAGACGGUUCUCUACUUCCCUCAAGGUCACUUGGAGCAGGUUGCUGCAUAUACUCAGCAUCAGCAAGAUGGUCACAUGGAAAUUCCUGUGUAUGAUUUGCCUUCUAAGAUCUUAUGCAAGAUUUUGCAUAUUGAAUUAAAGGCCGAAGCCUUCUCAGACGAGGUUUAUGCUCAAGUUACAUUAGUUCCGGCGCUCAAGCAAGAUAACCUUCGUUUGGAGGUGGAAGAGAAUGAUCAGAUACCUUCCAUAACUACAACCUAUACUUUUAGUAAGAUACUCACUCCAUCAGACACAAGUACACAUGGUGGAUUCUCUGUUCCGAAGAAACAUGCUGAUGAAUGCUUCCCUCCGCUGGACAUGACUCAACAAACACCAGCGCAGGAAAUUGUUGCAAAGGACUUGAAUGGGUUUGAGUGGCAUUUUCGACACAUAUAUCGUGGUAAGCCGAAACGACACUUGCUUACUAGCGGUUGGAGCACAUUCGUGAAUGCAAAGAAACUUGUUGCUGGAGAUUCAUGCAUUUUCGUUAGAGCGGAAUCUGGAGAAAUUCGUGUUGGGAUUCGUCGGGCAACGGAACAUCUCAGCAAUGUAUCGCAAUCUUCAUCUCUGAUAUCGGGUCAUAGCAUGCAACUUGGAAUUUUGGCUAGUGCUUCCCACGCUGUUAGCUCAGGAACCAUGUUUAUUGUCUAUUACCACCCAUGGACAAAUCCCUUUGAAUUUAUUGUUCCUUUGCGAACCUAUCUGAAGUCAACUGUACCAGACUAUCCAAUUGGAAUGAGGGUACAAAUGCAGCAUGAAGUUGAAGAAUCUUUAAGAAGACAUGCAGGUACGAUAAUUGGUCAUGAAGAUAUCGACAAGAUUAGGUGGCCUGGUUCUGAAUGGAGAUGUCUCAAGGUGCAAUGGGAUGCCGUACUAGAUGACAAAAUGAAUCCUGAAAGGGUUUGUCCUUGGUGGAUUGAGCCCUUGGAAUCUGCCAAGGAGAAGAAGCAAGUUCCUGCUCUCCCCACAACAAAAAAAGCACUUGCACUUAACCAGCGCUCUUUGCCUGGAAUAAGUAGCUUUGGCAUGCAUGAUGGUCAGAAUUCAGCUGGGCCUUCAUCUCAGACUCGGAGAGAAGAUAGAGACUUGCAAGGUCAAGAUUACAGCGGCAUACAUUCUGCACAGCCUUUACAAAGAGCACCACCAACUGAUGUUAUCCACCCCUCGAAGGUCCCAAUCCGUGGCUCGCGGUUUGGGAAGGAGAAUCCGAAUCAGCUUCCCUUUCCCAUGCAAGGUCCUCUUCAUAAAUCUCUUAGCAGAUCAAUGUCACUUACACAUGAAGACCUGUCAAUUACAAGCUCAAAUCUAAGCUCCAUUGGUUCUGAAUCUCUGGGAUGGCCUUCAACUGAAUCUAGAAAUGAAAAUGAUGUUCCUUUUGGGCAGCCUGGCAGUUGCAGUACAUUCAAGCUUUUUGGAGUUAGCUUAAUUGACCGCUCCUCGGAGCUCCCUUCAUUGCAAUCUGCUGCUUUCAACAAGACUUCGAGUCUCCUUUCUAAUCCUCCAAUGCGUGUUGCCCCAGGGAAAACAUGUAAGAAGUGUCACCGUGUUAAUAAUCGGAGCUGCACAAAGGUGCUUAAGUUGGGAACUGCUCUUGGAAGAGCAGUCGACCUUGCACGCUUUCAUGGAUAUACCGAACUCAUUGCUGAACUCGACUCCAUGUUUGAGUUUCGAGGAAGUUUAAUCAAUGAAAGCAGUGGAUGGCAUGUCACAUGCAUGGAUGAUGAUGGAGACAUGAUGCAAUUAGGAGAUUAUCCAUGGCAGGAUUUCCAGGGUGUGGUGCAAAAGAUGAUCAUAUGUCCAAAGGAAGGUACUAACAAUAUCAAGCCAAGCUCCUCAGCAAAUCCAUCAAGCCUUUAGUUACCUUCCUUUUCUCCCUUUCUCCUCCAGUGCAUGCAUGCACAGCUUGCAGUACCGUGUUGUUUCUGGUUCCAAUACAUUUCUCUUUUCCUGACAAUCUCGGAGAUCCGCAAUAUCAUAAGUUUCUGCAGUGAUGGCUUUAUAGAAAUAUAGCAAUCAUAGUUAAAUUUACAGGGUGAAAAAACCAAAACUGUUUUUUUUGUUGUUGUUUUAAGAAUCUGUUUUUCAUGAUACUUGUGGAAAGUACUCAUGAUUGUGAAAUAAAUAAUUGACAAUAAUUAAUGCAUGGCCAUUCCGUCCUCAUGAACGGGCGUUGCGUUUAAAA